CUUCACCACCUGAAAAGAAAUUUUGUAUCCACGGCCCAAUUCUAGUAAGUCACAGAACUUGAGCUGCCUCGUACCUGCCACUACCGGCGGUUGUGCCGUUAGUUGGCUGUAUACUGUAUACUUCCCGGAGGAGGAGUAGUAAAGCUGAAGAUGGCGAAGGCGGCGAGCUGCGUAAGCAGCCUAUCAGCUUCUCCUGUGUUCUUUCAAGCUCCUCUUCUCUCCCCUUCCCCGCCUCAUUCCAUUUCUACACAUGUCCUCCACCACCAAUCUAAGGUGCCCGCCCUAUCCCGGUCUCUCUCUCUCUCACUCAAGUAUCUGACUUGUAAUCAUCGAAUGAAGAGUGGUUGCGCUCGGAGAUUAUCGUUGCUUCGGGUUAAUUGCUUGCCGGAGCAGACCACCAGAGAAACUGAAGAAAACUCUGAGGCUAAAACGCCGACGUCAGCGUCAGCCUCAACGUCAACGUCGUCUUCUUAUUCUUCUGAUAACGAAAGCGGAGUUACGGCAUUGAAUUGGGUCGCAGGACUCGGAGGAUUAGGAUUUCUGGAGACUUCCUACUUGACCUAUCUCAAGCUCACUGACUCCGAUGCCUUUUGCCCUGUUGGAGGUGGUGGUGGCGGUGGCGGUUGCGGCAGCGUCCUUAAUAGCGAUUACUCUGUCGUUUUUGGUGUUCCUCUUCCAUUGAUUGGUAUGCUUGCAUAUGGAGCGGUUGCAACGCUUGGCCUACAAUUGGGUUCAAAGAAAUUGCCUUUUGGAAUUGGUGAAACAGAUGCCCGUUCAGUAUUGCUUGUGACAACUACUUCCAUGGCGCUUGCUAGUGCCUACUUUUUGUAUAUUCUGACCACAAAAUUUUCGGGGGAAUCGUGUUUGUAUUGCUUAACUUCAGCUUUCUUAUCCUCCUGCUUGUUCUUCAUCACUCUAAAGGAUUUUGGUUUAAAGGAGUUACAAAAAGAAGUUGUUUUGCAGCUAUGCGUAGCUGUCCUGGUUGUUAUUACCUUAAAUUCCUCCUAUAAUGCUUUGCAACCCGUCUCAACAAGUCUAGCGGAGGUUGACCUGCCAUUUGUAAAAACUGAGGUCACAACCAAAUCAAGUCCUUUGGCUGUUUCCCUUGCAAGGCAUUUACAUGCAAUAGGAGCGAAAAUGUAUGGAGCUUUCUGGUGUUCACAUUGUUUAGAACAGAAAGAGAUGUUUGGACGUGAGGCAUCAGAUAUAUUGGAUUAUGUAGAAUGCUUCCCUAAUGGCUACAGAAAAGGAACUAUAAUGGCCAAGGCAUGUACAGAUGUUAAGAUUGAAGGGUUUCCAACAUGGGUGAUUAAUGGAGAGGUUUUGAGUGGAGAAUUAGAUUUCUCAGAGCUUGCUAAAGCCUCCGGAAUUAAACUUGAAGAUCUCAGUCAAGCUAACUAGGGGGAUUUUUGUGUUGUUCUUGAACAGCUUCUACGUGAUGGCUUAGUGAUUACACAAGUACAGGAUCCAUUCAUCUUUCUUUGCAUAUGUCGCAGUGUCUCAUAGUUGUAUAGCCCGACAAAAGAAAGCUGCUCAAGGGUGCUUCAAAUCAUUUGGAUGGCAGUACGAGAAAUUUAAGAGGUGCCUCACCCCCCCCCCCUCCUCCUCCUCCUCCUCCUCCUCCUCCUCCUCCCGCUUAAGUUUGUAUGUAAGAGUCUUGAGAGAAUGCUUAGGUAGAUUUUGGAAAGGGAUUUUCUAUCAGUAAACAUAUUUCUUAAUCACCUUUUUAUCUCACAUAUAUCAAAUCGCUACAGUACAUCUUCUACAAAAACUUCAGAAAAUUGCGAUCCAAACUGUGAAUCUUGUUAUAAAAUCAAUAGGCACGUUAGUAGUGUUGUAUUAUCAAAUCUCGCCCACCAGUUCUUCUUUAUGCUUAACUACUACUUUUGUGCAUGUGCACCCAACCUGUCGACUUUAGCUUCCUUGGGCGUUUUUUAAGAUAAAGAAUUAGUAUUUUACGCUUUAUUGCAAAAGGUUACAUAGCGGUCAAAGGCAAAACAAAACAUGACAACCCGAAACAAAUUGAAAUUCUCAUACCAGCUAUCUAAAGUUAGUCUACCCAGAUUAACAUCAGGGAUUGAGAAAAGAGGAGAUAAAUAAGCUAAAAGAGGGAGGUCUUGGCAUAGGAUGCAAACUGUGGCAUAACGAGAUUACCGUCGCAUUGGCAGCUUAAGGCGUAAUACAUGAUGCUAACAUAUCAACCACGCUUUCUUGAGCUCUCUCUCUCUCUCGGGGUAUUUCGAGGCGUGGGAUUUGAAUGAAGCUAGAGCUAGAACUUUUCCCUCGACGC